CCCCUGCUCCGUGCGCGUCUCAGCAGCGAGCCCCGCGCGGCGCGGGAGCGCGGCGCCUCCCGUGAGGAGGAGGAAGAGGGCGGUGGUGAGGAGGGCGGUGGUGGUGGUGAGGAGGAGGAGGGUGGUGGUGGAGCUCGCGCGCCUGUGCGUGCGUGAGGGGGAGGAGGAGUAGGCGGCGGUGGUGGUGGUUGUUGUUGUGAGGCUGAGGAGGGAGGCCGUGAGAGAGGCGAUGCUGUCGCGCAAGAAGAGUCGACACGAGGCGAGCAAACCCAGCGAGGUGCAGGGACGAUACCUGAAGCGGGAGGCGGCGCCUUUCCUCAGGAACCUCAUGCCCUCGUUCAUCCGGCACGGCCCCACCAUCCCGCGGCGUGCCGAGGCGGGCGCGGCACCGUCCGGUUACGGCGCCCAGGACGGCGCCGGCAACGCCGUCGUCUCGUCGUCCGCGGGUGGCGGCGGUGGCGCCGGCGUCUCGCGGAACACCAGCUUCCUGAGGGGGGGCCAAGCCACGGAGAGCGGCUGGCGGGAGCACCGGCGGACGCCCCCCCACGGCGCCUACAGCUAUGGAGCGGCGGCGGUGGCGCCGCGGGAGUACGACUACGUCGCCGCCGACCAGCAGGGAGAGAACGGCUCCGACGGUGCCCACUACCUCUACCCCGCCGACCCCUACUACGCCGACGAGGGCCCGCAGAAGCAGCCGGCGCCGCAGACGCACCGGCGCGUGCCGCCCGACCCCUACCAGGACGACUACCGCGGCGGCGGCGCCGGGGCCUACAGCGAGGCCUACCAGCCGGCGGAGCAGUACGGCGCCUCCGCCGGCGCCGUGGGGCCGCCGGGCGACCCGUACGGCGUGCAGGCGCGGUGGGGGCCCGGUGCCGCGCAGCGCAGGCCGCAGCAAGGGCAGCCCCGGUCGGUCGUGAGCGCCCAGUCGGUGAGAAGCCUCGCGUCGGCCUCUGCUUCGCAGCAGCAGCAGCAGCAGCAGCUGCCACCGCCUGGCUCGGCCGGUCCGCCAGGUCCCGACGAUCUCCCGCUGCCGCCGGGCUGGACGGUGGACUGGACGAUCCGCGGGCGCAGGUACUACAUCGACCACAACACGAACACCACUCACUGGAGCCACCCGCUGGAGAGGGAGGGGCUGCCCCCGGGCUGGGAGCGCGUCGAGUCACCCGAGUUCGGCCUCUACUACGUGGACCACGUCAACCGCAAGGCGCAGUACCGGCACCCUUGCGCACCUAGCAUCCUGCGCUACGACCAGCCUCCGCCCAUGCGCGCGUUGCCGCCGAUGCUCUACAACGCCCAGCCGCCGGUGCGGAGCCAGCCAGUGCUGGUGCCGGCCAACCCCUACCACAGUGCCGAGAUCCCCGAGUGGCUGCUGGUGUACGCGCACGCCCCGCACGAGUACGACCACAAGCUCAAGUGGGAGCUCUUCCAGGUGUCGGAGCUGGACACGUACCAGAGCAUGCUCAUGCUGCUCUACAUGAAGGAGCUGGAGCAGGUGGUGCGCUCCUACGAGGACUACCGCCGCGCGCUGCUCUCCGAGAUGGAGGCGCGGCAGCAUCAGCAGCAGCAGCAUCAUCAUCAGCGACAUCAGCAGCAGCAGCUGCACUGGUAUGGCGGCCGGGCCCACGCACCGUCGUCAUACCAGCAGGGCUACGGGACCAAGGUGUGAGUCGUCGUCAUGGUGAUGGUGGUGGUGCUCGCGGCCGGACGUCGUGGAGAAGACAGAGCCGCGGCCAACGUGGAGGGGGGGUUGACGACUCCGUGUCCGUUUCAAGCCUCCACCUUUGUUUUGUUUGACCAGGUGAGAGGAGAAGCGCCUUGAGUGAAGGCGCUCAUUCGCAAGAGUGGCCUCUGUGGCAUCAUUGACGGUCUGUCAGCAGGGGACGCCGAUUGCUAUUUUAUCGUUCCGAUGGACUCCUAGAUCUCUCGCGAUGUUGUCACGAUGGUGUAACGCUUCGCGCGCUGGACUUGCGAUCCAGAGGUCACCAAAUUCCAUUCCAUCUCCCGGCGCGGCAGCUAACGCCACCCAGAAGCAAAGAUUGGUUCACCACGGUUAGUCGACGGGCGGCCGUUGUGGUGGGGUAAAGUGUGAGUACACAGACCUCUCCUCGCGUAUCUGGGGCUCCCUUCGGUGUAGGACAAUGCCAUCCCUGCCAGCAGUAGCGCGAGAAAGAAAAUUGCAGGGCUGCACCUUUACCUCGUCGUAGAUCUCGCUCCGUGAAAGGGCACGCCCUCGCACGCCUGCUCACCCUCUGGCUCUCACCCCCCCUCGCGGUAGGCUUGGGAAAACAGGAGCGCCGGUUGACUCCCGAUAAUCCGUGAGUGGAUUACUGUGGGCUGCGGAUUUAACCCGCCUUGCCAAAAAGUGACUAGCAAUCUUGACGCACACGCCCCGGCUUCAUUGUGAGCCGCACCUCGCUCGUGGGGUGGGGAGGGGUGGAGGGGGGGGGGCAAACUUCACUCUUGGCGCCCUCGUGAGCGCAAACGCGCCGGCAAGUAAACCCGAAACUCUGCUAAGUAAACACCCCCUGCACUCUGCGUAGCCAAACAGCGAAUCCGUUAUCCGUGUUCUUUAUCCAGGCCACCUUCCCCUCCCUUCCAGGCCUUGGGGGAAAAUCGAGAAUCGAGCGGAGCACGGCAGCGCACGCCUGUGGACCGAGCACAGUCGCCGGCAGGGCGCGCGGUGCAUCCCAAACCCACGUGGGUUGUGAGGGUUGGCCACGUCGAUGGCCCGUCUGUGCGAGCUCGCCUGGCUUCCCGCCACACGAUGUAGAGCGACUCUGUUGCUAUUAUAAAUGGGGAAAAAGGGACCGCUGGUGUCAGCCUCUACGUUACAGAAUGACGGCGGCAGAGUUUUUGACGGCAGCGGUUAUUCUUGGGCACGGUUGCCGCGUGGUUCAUUCUUCUCCGGACCGCGCCGCAAACUCCAGGCCCGCGAGCGCGCUCGGCACCUCGACGACGCGGCAACGGCUGCCAGAGGACAACGCCACCGAGAACCCCCCUCCGUCCCCCGCACCACGUCCAUCGGAAUCCCCCCCUCGGCAGGAACUUCUCGCCCGCACCGCUUUGUAAAGAAUUCACGGUCGGCCCUCCCCCCCCCCCCAUUUUUUUUGUACGAGUUUCGGCCUCCGCAACCGAACUGGGCCGUAUUUAUUAUCAUCAUUCAUUAUCGUCGGCGAUCCUGCCGUGUAAAAGACCCGUCGGGAAUCGCUACGCGGGGCAAAUGGGCGGGCCCCCCCCCCCCCCCCCCUCUCGUUCAACCACGAGGCGGCUGAGACGCGGCCGCGAGGGACGCGCGCGGCCCGUUAGGAACCCGCGCGGCCGCCGAUCUCGUUCCAAUUUGCUUUUAUUGCGGCUAAUGCCGGGCGUCUGCAGGGCUCGCGUGCUUCCGCGCGCGCACGCGUGUACGCGCGUGCGUGGCGCGCCUGACAACGGAUGCAAAAAAAUAAGUUACGCGGGGACUUGCGAACACCCCGUUCGCCAAAUUCGCUCUCGCCGCCAGCAGCGCGGCACCAUCACCCGUGGCCGGUGAAACCGUGCCGAGCCCUCGGGGCUCUUGCGUCGGUGGAGACCUCCUAGUGGCGGCGAGGGCACGGGGCCUUGCCGUGCCACAGAAGCGAUCGAGAGAGACGGGGGACACGCGGAGAGAGAAAUUUUAGCGCAAAGACUGCGGCUGUCCCCGCCCCCCACCCUCCAUCUGUUGUCGCGUUUGCGAGUGGUCCGGCGUAACGAUACGAUAUGCAAGACGGAGGCAGGGUUGUUGUUGGCACUUUAAAAAAAUAAUAACAAUAAACGCCCUUCCCGUUUGCGUUGCGACUGUUAUAUGCAAAGCAGGUAAACGGAAUUCGCGGCUGGAGGUGUAAACUGUCGGUGUAAAUAGGAGGGGGAUCUGCGCUAAAUACAACAAGAGCGAGGGAAAGGUUCAUGUCGGGGUGAUGCCGGGAGUUCACGCAGCGCAGAGACCGCCCCUGCCGAGCGGUGUUGGAGAAUGGCAGUGCCAUUGCACACAAGUACAGGGGUGCGGUCCUGCUCAUCUUGCGCACGCGUGUGUGCGCGUGUAUAUAUAUGCUUAAGGAUGCUACAGUGGCGGUGUAAUGGAUAGCGCACUGGACUUGAAAUCUACAGGCCACCAGUUUGAUCUCCUGGCGCGGCCGUUGAAACAACGGGGUGGGGAGCAAGUUUUCCACAUGUGCCGCUGGACGGGAGGUGAUGGAUGGGCGAGGCUCGGCGACGUCGAUCGGCACGAACAGCUGCGUCACGAAAGGUGGCCGCUAUUUUUAAAGGGGUGGGGGAGGGGCCCAGUUAUCGACCACAACGAAAAGGAAACGGCGACUGCCUUUCGAUGAAUUCAUCAGCUCAAUUGUCCCAGUUCUUGUUAGGUGCAUCUUUGAAAAUGUUUGCUGGGAGCCGCAGCGUCCCGGUCUGUCUCGCGUCGCUCUUGCGGUGAGGCUGCCGUGGGCUGCCGACAGUCUCGCUGACGUCAACAAAGGCGGCUGCUCUUGUGGCCCCACUGGCAAAGGCCGGAGCCUCUCGCGCGCUCAUUCGGAUGUCCCAAGAGGUUCCGCGGUGUUCAUCAUCGCCGCUGCUCGCAAUCCUGAACAUCCAGGAGCCACGAAUGAACAAGUUCCAAAUUGGUCAAAGCGGAAGAGGACGUUUCGCUUGCCCCCUUCAACUUCCUAUUUUACACCGCCGAGCCGAGCCGAGCCGUGCCCAGCCAGCCUGACGUGGGCCAGAUGGCACCAGGUGGUUUUCCACUGCGGGAGGCGACCCGUGCUGCUCGUGUAGCCCCACGUGGCCCCGAGUCAAACUCAGGUGGCAUGCGAGGGAAGCCUUUCACGGUUUGGUUCUGGCUCGGAUCGGCAAAUAGCCGGUGGAAAAACAACCUGUACCGUAAUGUGUGUACGUUGAACUUUCGCAUUCGUACGUAGCCAACCAUGCUAGUCGGAGGUGCGGGGCAAGGACAACAUAAACGCAAAACGUAGUUCUAAAGAAAUUAGCUUUCAAUUUAGAUUUAAAAGUGCGUAGCCCCAGUGGCUUCCUAACAUCGGAAGGGAGAGCGUUCCAGACGGCCGCAGAAGCGCAUUUGAGAGGGCGCGAUGCGGUUGACCGUCUUUGUUCGAUGGCCAGCCAAAAGCCGCUGGCAAAAGGCCUCAUUCUGGCUUGGCUCGAGUGUGCGAGUGGGGAAUCGGAUUCAAACAGUUUCUCAGUGGUGCCGGAUCGGCGUCUCUGACACGGCCAUCAUGAACAUUCAGAAAUGUAAAAUUAAAUUUAAAAAAUAUAUAUAUUGGCUUUAUAUAUGUAUAUAGCAUUACUAUAAAUUAUUUAGAAUAAACUUGCCGGCUGGAAGUUAUACUGAUGACGUGAAUAUAAUAAUGUAACAGACUAUUAAGACGAUAAUCCUUUCUAUGCAUAUCGUAGAAAUGUGCAGCGGAGCUUUGCAUACAAGAUAUUUUUAGGUUGGUGAGUGACCUGUUUAGCACCUCGCUGUCAAACACUUUCCGCUGAAUUCCAACAUCACCACGCGACGUUCCACUCACCUUGGUGUUCAAGUUCGUUAAUGAAGAAGCCUUGCAGCCAGGUUAGCGCGAGAAUGUGAUCGACACAUUGGCGCGUCUCAACAUCGCCCAGUCUCGUCGGGUGGUGGAGAGGGCCAUUCACAGGAAAUGUGGCAUGACCCACGACUACCACCGUGGCCUCAUCCAAAAAUCUAAUCUGGGUCCUCGUUUUGGCUACAGAAACGUCCGUGUUGAGUUGUAACCGUCUGUCAUCACUUUAGCGCCAUACUCUGCCGCCUCUGUCACAGCGAAGGGCCUCUUCGAGUAACCGAGGUGUGUGGCGGUGGUCGUGGUGGGGAGCGGUGGCGCAGCGGUUAGCGCGCUGCGCUACGAACCUGGCGACCCGAGUUCGAUUCCCGCUCACGGCCAUCAACGUCAGUGACGGUUAUCUGAAUCGGUCAUGGGCCUCCCCUAGGUCGAUUCGGCCUCAAAUGAUUACCCGGUGUAGUGUGUCGUCACUGGGGAGACGAAGACGGCCGAGCGUGGUGCUUGCCGCCCACCCCUCGUGUGCCACCGUGCCGGCCUUCGUAGGUGUCGCUACUCGCUAACAGCACUUGCCCCUAAAGUCUGUUGAGGCUAUACGGCAGAACCUUUGCCUUUGGCGAAGUGUGGUUGCCCAUCAGAGCUGUUUGAAAUUCCUAUUUGGCCCUCGGUAAGGGGUAAAGUUCCUUACCGCUGCCCUAAAUAAAUUUGAGAC